UUGUGUUUACGUUGUCUAUUUUCAGACAUCAUAACAUCGCCUUUAUUUUUAAUUCAUUACAUUUUAAAAAUUCAAUAAAAAUAUAAAACAACUCUUAACUUCACAAUUAUGACAAACAAAAAUAUUUACCAAGAAAUCAAAGAAAAUGAUUUCUAUAAAGUUUUCCUUGAUGAAAAAGCCGACAAAUCACCAAUAGCCAACAUGACUAUUUCAACACAAAUUCACGAACUAUCCAAAGGGCUGGAAACUAUUUCCUUCGAAUUGAAAUCCCAAGUUCGCGAACAACACGGCGCCCUACUGUCUCAAGCCACACAUGCUGGUCGUUUGGAUGUUGCUUUGAAUACAGUGUCGGGCGAUGUGGAGCGUAUCCAAGCUACCGCCCAUCGUCUUAAAAAUCAAUUGGAUUCGCAAUAUUCGUUGAUUGAGAACCAAACCAGAGUGCUUGGUAAUCUACACGAAGUAUCACAUGUACUGCGUUCUUGUGGCAACCUACUCAAUCUUACACAAAAACUUAAGGACACAAAAGAUGUCUUGAAGCAAGCUAGCAUCCACUUUGAAUUAGAGCCUCUGAUUGAAGAUUCCGACCUAAAUAAAAUCGAUUUCAUCCAAGAAGAACGCGCAUACGUUAUUGGCAGUCGGCAGAAGAUUAAAAACCUCGCACAGAUGCAAUUGGUAAAUGGUCUAAAAGAACGUAACGAACUUCAAGUUACCAACACAAUAAAAAUUUUCAUCAAUUUUCAAACCCUCGAUGUGUCUCUGGAUAAUUUGGUUACGACUUUCAUAGCCGAAAUCGAUCAAUCGCUUAAGGAAUGUUUCUCUGGGACGGAUAUAUCGGCGUUCAAUUCUGGUGCCGCUCAGAUCGAUAAACUAGCUCCGAACAAUAGAUCACCGGGCGGAGGAGGUGGCAGUUCAGCAUCAAGUCGUGGUCCUGGCAAGGCACCGCUCUUGACGACAACCCAAAAUUUCCGCGCCAAACUUUGGAAAUCUUUGCAUUGGCUGAUCUACGAUGAACUAUAUGAAUACUGUGAACAAAUAAUCCUGCUUAAAAAGUCUCUCGAAGAGGUGAAUCAACUCUCCAGAGUCUCGGACUCUGAGAUCAGCAUAGAGAAAAAGUUCUGGAAAUCUCUCGAGGAUCUGUUUCGUAGGUCGUUCAAAGAAUGCUCAGCGCACAUUUCGCAAGCUCUGCAGGAAGGCCUUUCAAAAUUACUAUCGUCAGCUCGUGGCCUCCAAAUGAGACUUGGAUCAGCUUUUGUUUUCGAUGAUGGAAUAUUUGAGCCGUUGGAAGUAGGAUAUCUUACAAAGUGUGCUGCUAAUAUGAAAGCUUGCCUCACAGGCGUUGAUCUUCCUUCAAACGAAACAGUCGACACUUUUAUUCGUGUUGCUUCGACAGAAUUGAGCGCCGCCAUGGUUGAUACUAAUUUGGCAAAUAAAGUUGCCAAUGUAUUCAAUUCUUGCAGCAAAGAUUUUUGGUCAAAAAUGGAAGCUCAAAUAAAAUUGGGAACCGAUUCGAAACAAGUUGUUGACAUUCCAAAUAUUCCACAAACACAAAAUAUAAAUUUGGCUAAUAUUUUGUUCUACCAUUCGGAUUCGGUUAAGAGAAUGAUUUGGAACUUAGGUGAGAAUUUCUGCAAAUCCGAAACUGCAGAGAUUGUAUUGAAAAGUUUGCAGCAAGGUGAACAUUUAGUUCAAGCGAUUUUGCAACAAUUGAUGGAUUCAAUGAUAUCAACAAUUGGUAUAAUUCUUUUGAGCAUGCAUCGUGAGCCUGGAUUGAACUCGGAAAAAAUUUCUACCACUGGCCCUUCAAUGUAUAUGAAAGAAUUACAAGAGUUCAUCUACCGCGCUUGGAAUAAUCAUGCUGUGCCAUUCGAUGACAAAGUAACCACAUGCAAAUGUGGGGAACAAUUGGCUAUAAGAUGCAUCGAUUUAUUCGUCAAUAAUCUUGUAAUAUUACGUCCCUUAUCACUGGCAGGAAGGAAUCGUUUGAAAAAUGAUUGUAUUUUUCUUGAAAGUGCAUUGAAAACAAUUGCUCCAAAUCUUGCAGAACUUGGAAAACCUUUUAGGUUACUUCGGGCAAUGUCGUCGUUGAUUUUACAAAAACCUGAAGAACUAAUCGAACACUCAAUUGAAAAGGAAUCGCCAGUACCGUCGUAUGUUAUAUUAUUUCUUCUAUUCGGCCAUGGUGGAAUGGAACUGCAAAGUCCACAUACUGCAGCAAAUUGGUCUAACGAAAGACUCAUUCAAUGGUUAGAAGGGCACACUUCGGAACGGGAAAAACUGGAACUUAUAUCUGGAGCAUUGCAAAGAUAUCGGGAUAUUACAAGAAGAAAGAAUACAACACAAUAUGAUCCUGUCUAUCCGCAUUUAUCGAGUUACUUCGAAAAGGCUUUGCAAAGUUUAAAAUAGAUGUAAGUUAUGUAAAAUGUAAAAGUAUUAAAUAAAUAACUGUUAUAAUUUUAGUUAUAA